AUUGUUGUUUUAGUCCCAAAAUUCAGGAUGUCCAAAGAUCCACUCGACGAGUUAAUACAAUUCCUGAAACCUGAUUCCAGGAUAGAUCUGAAACAUAUCGCCUUGGACCAUUUAGUUGGCUUAUCAGGGAGCGAGGACGGAAUUCAUACGUUGCUGAAAAACGAACAAGUGAUUGCAAGUGUCAUUGAGCUAACUAGUGAUAGUGUGGAUGAGGUCGCUAAAAAUGCUCUUUUGGCGCUUGUAAACAUCACAGCCAACGCCAAGGGAGCUGCGGAGAUACUAAAAUACCGUCCGAGUACUUGUAAAAACAUAAUAGAGUUGCUUAUAGGUUAUGUUCUUGAUCCUAACAAAAAAGACGCGGAUGCAGCUUGUAUGAUACUUUCCAACAUAACGCGGCUGGAAGAUGAGUUGGAAGUGUGUUUAGACACAUUAAUACCAAAAUUAAAUGACAUUUUGAAUGUGUACGUCAACAUUGACUUUAACAAAACAGGUUCGAAAUUGCACUACCUUGCAGCCAUGUUUAGCAACCUGAGCUGCAGCAGUAGAAUACGCAAAUGGCUUACAGAAAAGAACCCACACGUACCUUUGAUUAAAAUCCUGCCAUUUUGUAAUUACGAGCAAUCUAACAUCCGUCGCGGCGGUGCUAUAGGAACUAUACGAAACUUAUCAUUUGACAUUGAAUACCAUGAUAUAUUACUAAAUCCAGAUUUGGAUAUACUUACAUAUCUGUUGAACCCUUUAAUGGGCAACGAGGAUUAUCCAGACGAGGAAAUGGAUGUGCUGCCGAUAGCAUUGCAAUACUUACCUAAAGAGAAAAAGAGAGAAUUAGACGUAGAUAUUCGCAAAAUGAUUUUAGAGACGCUAAACAAGUUCUGUAGUAAACGGAACUGUAGGGAGAUUCUACGGAACAAUGGAGUAUAUUAUGUGUUACGAGAGUAUCACAAGUGGGAGAAAGACCCGAAAGUUCUAUUAGCGUGUGAAAAUGUUGUAGAUAUUCUUAUUCAGAAGGAAUCUGAAGUCGGUGCAGAGGAUUUGUCAGAUGUCAAUGUGCCGGAGGAUUAUAAGGACAGGUUUGAAAAGAUGGAUGAAGAUUACAUAAAAAGUGCUGAAUCUUAACUUUAUUUGCUAGAUUAAGUUAUAAAUAAAUGCAUUUAUUUAUGGUUUUUAAA